ACACAGAGAUGUUGAAACCUUAUUGCACACGAUAGGAUUGUAGUUAACGAGGGCAUCCUAAUUGACUUUCCGCAGUAUUUCAAGGUGUAGCGGCCGAUGGCGUUGUGAGCAAGCAUCUUAAGCCAUUUUUCUUACUAUUCCGAAGCCCAACUCGCCUUAACACCGUUUAAAUUAGUGAAAUGGAUACAUCUUUAUCGUACUGCCCGUUGGAUGGGCUUCCAAUUGAGAUUGUAGAGAUGAUAUUCGACCGUCUGGAUCUAGAGUCGCUUAAAUCGCUGUCUCUCACAUGCCAUCGAUGGGAGCGUCUCUUUUUCCAGUACUGUUCGCGCCGGUUUGUGCUGCGCAUCGAUGAAAAGAUAACCCUAGACGUGGACGCUUUUAUGAAUUACGAAGAUCGGCGAAUGGAGAAAUAUUUGCUUUGCGAAGAGAAAAUGAAAGUAGCGGUCAUAAUGCUGGAGCAAACGCAACGUGUCUACCGUACGGUUCAUAUCGACUUCCAUCUGGAGCUAGCCACGGUCAUCUACAAGUUAAAAAUUCUGAACAGAUUGUUCAAACCGCACCUGCUGCAGCAACUGACCGUCCUGAAGCUUGACAUGGGCAAUGAUCCGGUGAUGCAUGCUAGCGAUAUAUCGCGUGCGGUGCAAAAGAUGGAAAAUCUCCAAGAGCUGUACAUAGCGUUCAACGUAAGAACACCACACACUACGGAAUGCUACACGAUGCAUCUGGUAAACCCUACGCUGCAGAAGCUGGUGAUCAAAGGCAUUACGCCGUACGUGGUUGAUUGCGCCAACUUGUGGAAGCUGGAUGUUGCGGAAUCGCUGCACGUGGAGAGCAUCAUCGGUGGAAAGUUGCAGCGAGAUGUAGAUUUUACUGGGCAUGAAUGCUACUGGAAGAUCGAUCAGCUGACCGAACUCUCAAUAGUGAAUGAUUUGAAGUUCAACUUGACAACACGCUCCUCCAUCUUGCGAUUCUACCGGCAGCUGUCCAAUGUGACAAGGCUAUAUCUGUACGGGCACACCUUAACGCAGGAGACGCUGCAAGUUAUCUGCGAGUCGUGCGUGCAGCUCGAAGAAUUCACCAUAGGCAACUUGCAGAUGGAUGAUCCAAACGCAUUGCACUACCUGUCCAACCUGCCCAACCUGAGACAGUUUGGCAUAUGGAAGAUCCUCAACGGUAACCCACUAUCGUUCGCGUCCGUUAAGCUGCCCAAGCUGGAGAAGCUUCUGCUCGGUUGUAUGGCCAUCGAUUGGCCAUCGCUCACCUCCGUGCGAUCGAUCAGCUGGCUGAAGAUCAAACCGGGACCGGUUAUAGAUGCGCCCAUCUGUCGCGCACUCAGUGGCACUUUUGCCCACCUGCGCUUCCUGUGGAUCGAUGUGCAUACCACCCGCGUAGCGCGAGAACUACUGGCCCAGCUGCCGCAGAUGCAUUGGCUGGAGACGCUCGUGCUGGAGAACAUUGUUCACCUACGGACCCUCAAAACGUUGCCAGCCUUGCCCCAGCUAGAGCGGCUUAUUAUUUAUCGCUGCAGUAAGAAGGUGUACGAGCGGUACUACAACAACGAGGUGCUUGCGAAACUAGUGCGCGACAUUCGGUGGAUUAGAGCGGGUCAGAAAAUUGUGGAAGAGCGUGGAAUUAAAGACAGCUUUGAAUGUUAGUUGGCGGGAUCGCGUCAUCUGGAUUACGGAGGUAACGUGAAAUACUGAGGUUACGCUAGAUAAUUAUUUCUUAAUGACAAAUUAUGUGAAUUUGAAAUAGAAAGAUUUGUUGAACUAUGAUGGUGUUAAAAACACGAAAAAUAUAGCAAUUUUCAAUUUAAUGUUAA